AUGAAGACGAUCUCUGUCUUUGCCCGUGGGACUCUUGGCGUAUUGGAGGCUGGUAUACGUCAAAGUGGUCCAGGAAGCACAGCUCGGAACCCAUUCUUGGUCAAGGGCAGAACACCUUCGGCAUACUUUCUCAGAGGGGGAGAUUAUGCAUCACGGCAAUUCUCGACGACGUGUCCCCGGACACGCAAGAAUCCCGAGGAGCUCAACUUGACUGAUUCUCCCGAUAUUUCGGGGGUUGACAAGGAGUCUGUCAGGAGGAAGCCGGGAGUUAAGAAAAAUGUGGAGAAAACCCCAGAGGCUCUUGUAAAAGACUCAACUUGUUCCUCGGACGGAACAGAUGCUUCGAGAAGCGUACUAGAAGCUGAUGACGGGCCGUCUGAUGAGGCUUCGUUUGCGUUUGCUUUUGAUAUAGAUGGCGUCCUCCUCCACCAAUCCGAACCUCUUCCAGGAGCAACAGACACUUUGAAGUUUCUCCAGGCCAACAAAAUCCCAUUCAUAUUACUCACCAACGGCGGAGGCAAGCAUGAGCACGAGCGGGUACUCGAGCUCAGCACAAAACUCGGCGUGCCACUGACCACAGACAACUUUGUGCAGUCGCACACGCCCUUCUCGGAGCUGCACAAGCUCAAGAACAAGAACGUCCUCGUGACCGGAUCCAACGCUGCCAAGUCCCGUGAGAUCGCCGAGGCCUACGGCUUCACCAAGGUCAUCACCCCGGCCGACAUACUGAUGGCCGACCCGACCAUCUGGCCCUUUGACCCGCUGCUCGAGAGCGUCUACGCCUCGACGGCGCGGCCGCUGCCCCAGCCCAUCUAUAAGAACUACCCGCACAUGAAGUGGAACAAGCACAUCGCCCGCGACUACCUCCGGAUCCACGCCGUCUUUGUCUUCAACGAUCCGCGCGACUGGGCGCUCGACAUACAAAUCAUCACGGACCUCUUGCUGUCGCACUGCGGCGUGCUGGGCACCUACAGUGCCCUCAACGGCGCCAAAGGCAGCUGGCAAAACGACAACCAGCCGCGGAUCUUCUACAGCAAUGCCGACCUGCUGUGGGCGAGCAAGCACCCGCUGCCGAGGCUGGGCCAGGGCGCGUUCCAGGCCGCGCUCGCCGGCGUCUGGGCAAACGUCAAGGGUAACCUGGGCGGCACAGGGCCGAGCUACCACCCCGGCCUGUUCUGCACUCGCUUCGGGAAGCCCGUCCCCAAGACGUACCGGUUCGCGGAGCGCGUGCUGAUGCGCCACCGCGCCGACCUCCUGGGCCCCGAGGUGGCGAGCCGCAGGCGCCUCAGGACGGUCUACAUGGUCGGCGACAACCCCGAGAGCGACAUUGCCGGCGCCAACAACUACCGGGGGCGGAGCCAGGUCGGUGCCGACUGGCUGGGCAUCUUGGUCAAGACGGGCGUCUUCAACCCGGACGUCUUGUCGACCCUGCAGCACAAGCCAGAGAUCAUCGUUGACGACGUGUUCAGAGCCGUCAGGUGGGCGCUCAACCGGGAGAAGUGGCAGGGUCCGCCCCUGAGCAGGGCUACUGCAGAGGCUGAGGAAGACGCGGCGGUCAGAGAAAACCAUCAAGCUGCAGUGGAGGAAAACGCGAUUCUUGAAGAGAAUGUGGCCAAGGGAAAGGUGCUUCAGGAUGACGGGAAUGUGGUGGAGGAGGCAAAGAUUAGUGAAGAUGGCGAUGAAGUCGUGGCAGAGGGAGAAGCGAUCAAAGAAGGGAAGUAA